AUGUGGAACAGUGAGGCAAGCGAUGCGGAGGAUUGCGGAGGAGUGCUGCGGGAACUAGUGGAGGCCAUUCGAGAGGACUACGAGCAGCGAGCGUAUUUCGUCACAGGCACGCGCUCUCUGCUCUCAGUCAAGCACUCACGCCCUUCUAAGACGCCAUCUCUCCUCCCCCUAUCUCGUCCUCUCUCGUUCCUCUGUGCUGUGCGCGGCGCGGCUGCUGAGACGGCAGAGAUUCGAGACAUCUCUGUGCGUUUCUACGAUGACGCGUGCCUCUUUGCCGAUCCGCGUGCUGUGACCCCUCAUACGUUCCUCCCGUUCUCCCGCCCGUGCUCCCGCUCACCCCUUCCCCGUCCCCCUUCCCCACCAGGAGACAUCUCUGGGCGUUUCUACGACGCCUCAUGCCUCUUUGCCGACCCCACGAUUCAGUUCUCUGGGCUUCAGCGCUGGCAGCGCAACAUUGCUCUGCUCACUCGCUUCUUCUCCGCUCCCACCAUCCACCUGCAGGACCUGCAGGUCUUCCCCGCAACACCCUCGUCUGCAGCACGCCUGGAGACGAGAUGGCGCCUGCUCGCGCCCAUCAACCUGCCAUGGCGGCCAGUGGUGGACAUUCAUGGGUCCACAGUGCACACGCUUAGUGCUGCCGGCACCAAGGUAGUGUCGCAUGUGGAGGCAUGGGAGGUGUCCGCUUACGAGGCCAUCAUGCAGCUCUUCAGACCCGGCCCUCCUGCCCCUCCUAGCCCUCCGGGAUGA